AAUUAUAUAUAUUUUAUAUCGCGGAGUCAGAUGACCUGAAAAAGUGAGCGGUCAGUCAGAAUCUAAGACACGUUGACAAAAUUUUUAACUCAUAUUUACUAUCGAUCAGUAUAUAUUUAUAUAUUUAUAUUUAUAUUGCCAACUGAUUGUUUGAUAAGAAUAUUUAUGAAAAAUAAUCUAGUAAUUGAGAUUUAAUUCUAUUUACAUAUUUAAAAGUUAAUGUCAAGAUGACGGAGUGAAGGUCGAGAUAAAUUUAAAUAAAUUUUUCAAAUUAGUUGAUCUAAUUUAUUAUUGAAGAUGAGGAUGAUGCAUUUGAGGAGAAAUGCCCGAUUUAUUACUUGUGUCCUGGUCGCACUGAUGAUGCUCUAUGCUAUUUAUUCAGUGAUGAAUGAUGACUUUAGUAAAAGUAUUAAUGUACCAGUAUUAGUAGAAGGACCCGGGAAUUUUGAACCCCAGAACAAAAAAGUUCUCAGUGGUCCUGGAGAAGGGGGUAAAGCGCACGUGCUACGAGAUGAUCAGCAGAAUGACGUACAGCAAUCAGAGUCCGAUUACGGUAUGAACAUGGUGUGUUCUGAUGAAAUAUCUCUGGAUCGUUCUAUCCCUGACUUGAGACCCGAAGAAUGUAAGCACUGGGAUUACCCUAAAAAACUUCCAACGACGAGUGUAAUUAUUGUCUUCCAUAAUGAGGGAUGGUCAGUGCUGAUGCGCACAGUACACAGCGUUUUAAACCGGACUCCGCCUCAAUUCCUCGAGGAAAUUCUCCUGGUGGACGAUUACUCGGACAAAGAAAAUUUGAAAGCCGAGUUGGAGGCUUACAUUGAUCAGUGGAGUGACAAAGUUCGUUUGCUGCGCAAUGAAGAGCGUCAGGGACUGAUACGCACGAGAUCACGUGGUGCGCGGGAAGCCCGCGGUGAAGUUAUCGUGUUCCUAGAUGCCCAUUGCGAAGUAAACGUCAACUGGCUCCCGCCUCUGCUGGCGCCCAUCGCCGCAGACUGGUCCGUGAUGACGGUUCCCAUAAUUGAUGGCAUUGAUCACAAGACAUUUGAGUACCGGUCCGUUUACCAGGAAGGUCAUUUGUACAGAGGUAUCUUCGAAUGGGGAAUGCUGUACAAAGAAAAUGAAUUACCUCGACACGAAGCAAAGCGCAGAGAGUAUGCGAGCAUGCCCUACAGAUCUCCGACUCACGCAGGUGGACUGUUUGCUAUCAAUCGUAAAUACUUUCUGUCACUUGGUGGCUACGACGAGGGACUUCUGGUCUGGGGUGGAGAGAACUUUGAAUUGUCUUUUAAAAUAUGGCAAUGUGGUGGCAGCAUUCUCUGGGUACCUUGCUCUCAUGUCGGUCACGUUUACCGCGGGUUCAUGCCCUACACAUUUGGAAAAUUAGCUGAUAAAAAGAAGGGGCCUUUGAUUACAAUUAACUACAAACGAGUUAUUGAAACCUGGUUCGAUGAAAAGUAUAAAGAAUUUUUCUACACCCGCGAACCACUCGCCAGACUCCUCGACCACGGAGACAUCACGGAGCAGCUUAAAUUCAAAGAGAGAAAGAAGUGUAAAAGCUUCCAGUGGUACAUGGACAACAUCGCCUAUGAUGUUCUAGAUAAAUUCCCCGAACUGCCGCCUAAUAUUCACUGGGGUGAGCUGAGAAGUGUCGCGACUUCCGCUUGCCUGGACACUAUGGGCCACAGCCCGCCGAGUCUCAUGGCGACUUCCCACUGCCACGGGUUCGGAAAUAACCAACUGAUCAGACUCAAUGCUCAAGGACAAAUGGGCGUCGGCGAGCGGUGCGUCGAAGCUGAUAAUCAGGGAAUCAAGUUGUCAUUCUGCAGACUGGGCACCGUCGACGGCCCCUGGCAAUAUGACGAGAAGACUAAGACUCUAUUGCACAAAGUUCACAAAAAAUGUAUCGCUUUGCAUCCCCAGACUAAUCAUCUUUCCCUCAUGCCUUGCGAAGCUGACAAUAAUUAUAACCAAUGGACAUUCCAUCAGAUUCACCCGCGCUGGUGAUUUAUUUAAAACAAUUUUUAUUGUUAUCCAGCCGUACAAUCAGUACUUAAGACAUUAUUUUGUUACACUAGUCCAUAUGAUGUUUAUACUUUUAAUUUAAAAUUAAUAGUAUAUCGGUUGUGUUAUAUUUAUACUUUUAAAAUAUAAUUUUAUUUAAACCUGAGUUUACUCCGGCACUCAAAGUUCCAGAGUCAAAAAAAUUACUCCGCAUACGGAUUUUUUUUCAGCGUAAUUUCGGAGUGAUGUAGAUUUUGUUUUAAUCCGCAUCCACUCCUAGAGUUUAAUUUCACUCCAGGGGAUAAAAUAAAUAAAAAAAAUUUCUCCUUGAAUUUACUCCGGAUUUAAUCCGCAUAUUUUUUACAGUCUAAUAAUAUUAAUAAUGAUAAUGAUAAUGAGAUUAAUGGACUAGUGUCGCAAAAUAUAUUUCAUGUAAAAAAUAAAAUACCCACAUUAAUCAUAAAUUUUUUUAAACUCCAUACUAAAGACUGUCUAUCAAUAAACUCAAAUUACUCCUUCCCUUCGCAUUUUUAAAAUAAUUUUGUAUACGAAGUUAAGGCAUUUUUACCCUCCCCACAUUUUUUUAAAAAAAAGUCUUCUGACCCAAACUGUCAUAAAAAUUUUUUAUCAAAAAAUUUGAAUUAUUUUUAACUAAUUAAUUAAAUUUUAUUACAACUGACAGUUCGAGGUCAUUGGAUUUACUUUAAAAACUUGGAGGGGGUGCGUUUGAAAAUGUCCUUAAAAAGUGAACUUAUACAAUAAUAAUAUUAUAGAUGUAUUGUAAGAUAAUUUUAAAAAUCAAAACUGUUGUAAAAUUAUUUUUAAUAAAUUUAUUGGAACGAUUGUUAAAUUUA